AUGAAGAAAGCGGACUCCAACGCGAGCAUAAAAAGGGGUUCGAGGUCAGCACGGUUCACAGACAGUAUAUCCUCGUCUGAUGAACCGGAAACGGAGAGGUUACUAAGCCUGAAGCAACCCACGGUGGUAGCAUCAGGGGCACGGCGGGAAUCCCUUACAGCACCACCGUCCCCCACUGACUACGCCAAGAAGCGCGACAAUCCUCGCCAUCACAAUUACAUGAACCAUCUGCAUCAUCUCAUUCACUGGAGAGAUAAAUGGAGUGGUGAACCUCAUAGAGCACACGAGGUACAGAGGUUAAGGCAAUUUAUUAUUAAGCCCUGGUGA